AGCUAGGCGAAGGGGAUAUCGACAGCCCGUUCGCUGCCGACCGUCUGGUCUGCUCUAUCUAGUGUUAUAAGACAUCGCUAUCAAGAUGUCGUUCAGGAGCAUUACAAGGACACUCCCAGCUGCUCGUCAGACUCGUCUACUUGGAAUCUCUCUGAGUCGGACUAAUGCGACCAGCUCUGGAUCUUCAAGCACCAGUGCUAUUCCUACUCCCGCCAACCCUGAUCCUUCAGCUCAUGGCGAUUUUCAUCCUGCGGAUGUAGUCGCCGGCGCUUCUCCUGGACCCAUGACGGAAUGGAUGGACGAGACGGAGAUUACCGCGGAGACAGUCUCAGGUGCACCGGAGGCCAUGCUCCACCGUCAAGUGAGGAUAUACAAACCUACCAAGAGUACUAUGCAAUCUGCCAAGGGGAAGACUCACCGAUGGGUCCUUGAUUGGGAUACUCUGGCCGGAGCUGGAAGAUGGACGAACCCGCUCAUGGGUUGGGCAGCAAGUGGAGAUUAUAUGCAAGGGACAAAUAUGUUUUUCAAGACUAUGGAAGAGGCAGUCGCAUUUGCCACAAAGCAAGGAUGGAGCUAUCAAAUUAUCCCUCCAAAGGAAACCAAGAUCCCCCCAAAGAACUAUGCUAACAACUACGUUCACGUUCCCGGUAAACUGAGAAUCCACCACACUAAGUAAGGGCUAAAGGCAGACAAUAUGCAUGCUGUACAAUGGGGAU